CCCGCUCUAUUCUUCUCAGCAGAUCUGGGGACUUAAAGGCCGUCCCCCAGAGGCCGCGCGGGAGAUAGCGGGAGCUGGGAAACCCGCCGCACGUUCGGAAGACCGGAUCAACGUGAGGUCCCCGGCCCAGGAUUAGACUUGAUUUGUACCACGAGGAUUUUCCGACGGACGCAUUAUUGGACAGGGGAAUAGGGGGGGGCCCACCGGCGCGGCGAAAUUGGAUCAAGAUUGGCACUCGCGGCGAGUUGGCGAUGGCCGCGGCCGCCUGCGGAUCGCGACUCCUUUCAGGCCCUGACAUGUUCCGGCGUGCAGCGGGGAAGACCCUGGGGUUCGUGGGCUUCGCCAUCCAGUACGGCUGCGUGGCGCACUGCGCCUUCGAGUACAUCGGGGAGCUAGUGGCGUGUUCCGGGCCCUCGAUGGAACCCACCAUCACCAGCCGCGACGUGGUGUUCUCCGAACGACUCAGCCGCCACUUCUACAGGAUCGAAAAGGGGGAUAUCGUAAUUGCAAAAAGUCCCUUUGAUCCAAAGAUGAAUAUCUGCAAAAGAGUAAUUGGAUUAGAGGGAGACAAAGUCUGCACCAGCGGUCCGUCGGAUGUCUUCAAAACCCACACUUACAGACCGGUUCAAAGGAUACCUGCAAACUUAGCCGGGCGAUCCGGGAAAGCCUCGCUCUCUCUCUCUCUCUCGCUCCUCGCUCGACCGAGGAUCAGAUUGCAGGUUCGCCCUGUUCAGCGGGAAGCCGCGGAACGGACUCUCCCUCACUCCCGCUAAAACCGCCACCGCUCUGCUGUCGCCAUCCGCCAACUUCUGCGUGGCCCAAGAAAAGGUUUCACACACCGCCCCACCCUCCCUCCCUCCCUCCCUUCGCCCCCACUCUUCAGAUCAAAUGAAGUGCCUUCCUCUGCACACCCUUACCAAAAUGGCUGGGCUUAACAGACUCACGGGGCUGAAGGUCAGUCCAGGUGCUCGAGUGACUUCCAGCGAUUUUAAUCACAGUUAAUCCUUGUGCUGAGGAGCGCCGUUUUAAAGUUACCUAAGUGACUUCAUUCUUACAUUACUCAACCUUGCAAUGACUGAAGUUAGUCAAAGUCCGUAAAUGAACUUCACUGUCAUUACAUUCAAAUGAGCCUGGGGACGCUGCUGGAAUUCUCCCAGCGGUUACCGUGGUGAAGGGUGCUUGUUCGUGCCGCUGCCAAACUGGUACACCAAUGUGCUAAGUCAGUAGAUGCAGUUUUCAAAAGCUUCGUAAUUUAAAAAGUAUAAAUCGUAUCGCUUGGAGGAAGCAACCUAAUAGGUGUGUGGAAGUUUGAUUGCCAAGUUUGGUACGUUCAGCUUAAAAAACUGUAGGAGUUGUGUCUGGAAGAAAGGUAAUAAUAAUAAUAAUAAAACGAUGCAAAUUGAAAGACAAAAGUUCAUUUAUAGAAAUGUAUACAUUUAAUUAACUGUGUGUUGUUCCAAUCAAAUAUAUGUUUGUGUAUUGUUAUGAUUCAUAUAUUGUUGUUUUUUUUAACAAUUAAAUUCAAAUUCAAUUCCCAGGCGUUUUUAUAUUUUAAAAAUUUUUUAUUGACCCCUUACAUUUGACAGUGACCCCCCCCCCCCAAUAUUUCCCCUGUUAAUCCUAGAUCGAACACUGAAAAUCUAAGGAUUUUUCUCCCUGAUAUACUUUACCACUGGCAGCGUUUAUGAGCAGUAGACUUGGGGAUGACACGGCAUGUGAAAUUCUCCAUCUGUCCUGAAAGGGAUUAGUCCAUCUCAAGAUCACAUAUAGGCUUCUGCUGAAACAGACGACAAGCUGUCCCGUUCCCUAUCCCCACUUCGGAAGGCGAGCAUACGUUUACAUAUUAAUGAGGUGAAGUCAAGCACAUGUUUACAUAUUAAUGAGGUGCAGUCACCGGAGCAGAACACAAUGGCGUACGUGUGUCAGGCAGUCAGGGGCUACGUCCAAUCGAGGCCGCUGAUGUGACUGAUGCUGAUGGGAGAGGCAUACCGGGUCACCUGUAGUCUGGUCAGUCUUCAAAAUGGCUGUCCGUGUAAUAUUCACUUUGCAAACCUCGGCCACUUUCUCAACGCAGCCUCUUCAGUGUUUCCUCUGAACGCGACUGCGCCGUCCCGGCCUGGGGGCGGCCAUCUUGGCUCCCGCAACCGCAAGGUAUACAAACGGGGAAUUUCCGUCUUUUCUUCGGUCCGAGUGUCCGGGAAGUGAAAAGUUAAGGGACGCAAAAAUAAAAAUAAAAAAGAAUAAAUGAUGCUGUCCUUUAUUGCGAUGCGCUGUGUUGCUGGUCCCGUCUGCACGCGUAGGGGAGACCGAGGACUUUAAUUAGAGCUUUGACAAGCCUACUCUCCUCGAGUGACGAGAUUAUUCGUAAUUGGCGUCGCAGUCGAUUAGGGCUCGGUCCGUUGCGGGGCCUUACUGGCAGGUCUGGCUCUGCCUCAGACCCCGGGACGCUGAUGAAAGUAGUGUGGCCCGCCCGCCCGCCCUCCCUCCUCGUGGAGUGGGCGGGUCUCAGCCAGCAGCCUAAUGACCCCGUUUGAAGUCCGAAAAAAAAACGUGACCCUGUCCCGUCGCUCUAACCCCUCCUGUCUUCGUACACAGAGGAAGAAGGACAAUAAAAAAAAUUAUUUAAUUUUUUAUUCUUUUUUUUUUUUUUUAAGUUGUCAUUGGCCGAGAGGAGGAGGGGG